AUGAAGGCAGCCUUGAUAAUCGUCGACAUGCAGGAGGACUUCUGCCCUCCGAACGGCUCUCUCGCCGUGCAAGAAGCCCGCGCCCUCGCCCCAACAAUCAAUACCCUUCUUUCCAACCCCGGCUUCGCCCUCCGCAUCGCAUCCCAAGACAGCCACCCACCCAACCACAUCUCCUUCGCCCCGAACCACCCACCGCCCAACAACCUACCCUUCGAGCACUUCAUCGACAUGAGAAAUCCUGCAGCAGGCAAAGAAACUGAGACCAAGCCUCAACGGCUCUGGCCCGUCCACUGCGUAGAGGGAACCAAAGGCGCAGAGAUUAUCCCGGAAAUCGACACCAAGAACAUUGACCUCUACGUGCGAAAGGGCAUGGAUGCGCGCGUGGAGAUGUACUCUGCGUUUGCAGAUGCUUUUGGGAACCUCGAUGCGGAGGUGAAUCGGUCGUCGGUGGAUGUACAUUUGAAGGGGGCUUUGGAGGAAAAUGGCAUUACGGAUGUGUUUUGUGUGGGUGUCGCCGGGGAUUAUUGUGUGAAGUUUACGGCGAUUGAUGCUGCACGGGCUGGGUUGAGGAGUUAUUUUGUUGAGGAUGCGGUCAGGUGUGUUGAUCCAGGGGAGGGGUGGGAGGAGGCGAAGAGGGAGUUGAGGGAGGCGGGGGUGGUGGUUGUGAGGUCGGAUGGGCCUGAGAUUAGAGGGUUGGUUGGGGAGUUGUAG